GUCUUUCCCCGUCUCCACCUCCCAUCUCCAUUGCCUAAAUUAGUCAACUCAACCCAACUCAACUCGCCCUGCCCUCAUUAAUCAUUUAUUUAUAAAUAAAUAUGGGCUCCAGGCCCUCCACCAUGCUCAGGAAAAUCCAGAGAGAAUUCAGACGCGUAUUCGGAGGGAAGAAAAGUCACCAGCCCCGGCCCCGGCCCCGGCCCCCGCCCGCGCCCUCACCCUCGCCCUCGCCCUCGCCCUCGCCACCGCCUCCUUCUCCUCCUCCUUCCUCUCCUCCACCUCCGCCGUCUAUGGAGCCACCACGGCGGCCGACCCACCCGUUCCUCUUCCCCCAAACCCAGUCCACCGUCCUCCCCGACCCCUCUCCCUUCUUCUCUCCCCACCUCCUCUCCUCCCCUCUCCCCACCAACUCCUUCUUCCAGAACUUCGUCCUCAAAAAUGGCGACCAACCCGAGUACUUCCACCCCUACCUCGUUAAAUCCUCUCUCUCCUCUCUCUCUCUCUGCUACCCGUCUCUCUUCUCCAACUCCGCCUUCACCUACCAGGUCUUCAACGCCGAUCUCACAAUCUCCGCUUCAGAAGUCUCCGAGCCGAACUCGAACCAUGUCGUCUCCUCUUUCAGCGAUCUCAGCGUAACCCUCGACCUUCCGUCGAGCAAUCUCCGGUUCUUCCUCGUCCGAGGAAGCCCUUACUUGACCUGCGUGGCCGCCGCCAACGUUUCCCUCUCGAUUUCGACCAUUCACGCCAUUCUUGAGUUCUAUUCCAACACUUCCCUCACCAAAUACACCAUCAAGCUCAACAACAACCAGACAUGGCUGUUGUAUUCCUCUUCGCCGAUUAGCCUUACCCACGACGUUUCCAGGAUCACUUCCAGCGGGUUCUCUGGCAUAAUCCGGAUUGCUGUUCUUCCCGAUUCGGAUCCCCGAUCCGAAGCGAUACUCGAUCGGUUCAGUACUUGUUAUCCUGUGUCUGGGGAAGCCGCGUUUAGGAAGCCAUUCUGUGUGGAGUACAAAUGGGAGAACAAAGGGUGGGGAGAUCUACUCAUCCUGGCUCACCCUCUCCAUCUUCGGCUUCUCUCGGGCAGUGAUUGUGGCGCCAUUGUUUUGGAUGAUUUCAAGUACAAAAGCAUCGAUGGUGAGCUUGUGGGCGUUGUUGGAGAUUCAUGGGCAUUGAAAACUGACCCUGUUUCCGUAACCUGGCACUCAAUCGGAGGUAUCAAAGAAGAGUCCUUUCCUGAAAUUAUUAAUGCGCUUAGCAAAGAUGUUGAGGUUCUUAAUUCAGCAACAAUAUCGACAACGUCAUCCUAUUUUUACGGCAAACAGAUUGCAAGAGCUGCAAGAUUUGUUUUGAUUGCAGAAGAAGUGAGUUUUCGUGAUGUAAUCCCGGCUGUGAGUAAGUUCUUGAAGGAUUCAAUCGAGCCAUGGCUGGAUGGAACGUUUAGCGGGAAUGGUUUCGUGUAUGAUGGGAAAUGGGGCGGUAUUCUGACCAAACAAGGUUCUUUGGACUCGGGGGCUGAUUUCGGGUUUGGAGUCUACAAUGAUCACCAUUACCAUCUGGGAUACUUUGUUUAUGCAAUUGCAGUGCUUGCUAAGAUUGAUCCGGCCUGGGGGAGAAAGUACAGGCCUCAAGCAUAUACCCUCAUGGCAGAUUUUAUGAACUUGAGCAAGCGAGUGAAUUCAAGUUAUCCCCGGUUGAGAUGCUUCGAUUUGUGGAAAUUGCAUUCGUGGGCUGGAGGGCUGACUGAAUUUGCAGACGGGAGAAAUCAGGAGAGCACGAGCGAGGCGGUGAAUGCGUAUUACUCGGCAGCGCUGAUGGGGCUGGCCUACGGAGACAGCCACCUCGUUGCCACUGGAUCGACGCUGGCAGCGAUGGAGAUCCAUUCAGCUCAAACAUGGUGGCAUGUGAGAGAGGGAGACACUCUAUAUCCAGAAGAAUUCACAAGAGAUAAUAGAGUGGUGGGGGUUCUGUGGGCUAAUAAGAGGGACAGUGGCCUCUGGUUCGCACCAGCCGACUGGAGGGAAUGCAGGCUGGGGAUUCAACUCUUGCCUCUACUGCCAAUUAGCGAAAUCCUCUUCUCUGAAAUUGGUUUUGUGAGAGAGCUUGUAACAUGGACGAUGCCCGCCUUGGCAAGAGAGGGAGUUGCAGAAGGAUGGAAGGGAUUUGUGUAUGCUUUGGAAGGGAUUUACGACAAGGAAGGUGCUUUGAGUAAGAUAAGGAACUUGAAUGGGUUCGACGAUGGCAACUCACUUACCAAUCUGCUUUGGUGGAUCCACAGCCGAGGUGACGAUGAAAUGGGAUAUGAAGGGGGAGGGAAACUCUGCUGGUUUGGCCACUACUGUCACUGAGAGGAUCAAUUCUGUGGUUUGUCUAAUAAUAAGUUCUUCAUGGUGAAGGUGAAGAGAAGUCUUGAAUAGGAGAGCAGAUGCAUAUCCAUUGUCAAGGCUGUUCUUCUUCUUCAAGAACCAAUCUGGUACUUAUACCUGGGUUGCUCUACUCAUUGUUACUGCAAAUAAUGUGUAUUUGUACAUUGUUUGCAUCUAUCUAUACAAACAUAAGAACAAUACUGUUGCAGGUCCUACUCUAGCUACUUGUUACUUCAUGUUGUUAAGCCAGCCAUUGAGGUUAUUGAUUUAUUCAUUCUUCAGGUAGUAAAAGAAUACUUUUAUUACUUUCA